AUAAGCGAUAAUAAAAUCCGAUCUGAUUUUGGAUAAAGACAAUUAUAGUUUCGAUUUCAUUUGCAGUUGUAGUCAUGUUGUUUUUGGUUGUGUUCGCGGCGCUAGCGCCGUUUGCCAGCGGGCAGACCACACAGGUCAGCCAAUGCACGCAUAAUAGCGGCGAUCUCCCCAUAAACACGUAUAUUGCCGGGUGCGAGGCCCCGCCCUGCGGUCUCCCGCAACUGGAGGAUGCCGUCGUCAACAUCAUCUUCAGGGCUCCUCGCACCAUUCACAGCAUGACAACACUGGCAACAGCCUAUUUGCCGGGUCUGUUAGGGUUCGAAGUGCCCAUACCCUACAACCUGCAAGAAAAAGCUGUCACCUGUAAUUACCUAGAGAACUCCUACUGCCCUGUGCUGGAGGGCGAGAUCCUGCAAUAUACACUGCUCAUGUAUAUAGAGUCCACCUUUGUUGCGGGCAUCUCCCCCACGAUCGAGUUCCGCAUCACGGACGACAACAACGUGCCCUUCGUGUGCGUCCGCGUGCCCCUCGUCAUCCUGCAGCCCAACUCCAGGCUCGCGGCCUCCAACACUACGCGAAUGGACAAUAACUAACUAUUAU